GUAUCGAACGAACGCCCUACGCCGUGCUGUUUAUUCGUAGCUGAUAUUAUAAGUCCGAUUUGAAUGUGCACUGAGUAUAGGUGCAUUUAUCUGCCGGUUCUAUUUGUUCUCGUACAGCGGUAUUUCUGAUAUGAUUCUAGAGUUAUGUUUAGUGAUUAAAUAACAAUGGCAGUUAAAACCGUCAGUUAAGUGCCGUGAAAGUUGUACCUGGUUGAUCAGUGUCGAUUUAAAAUGACGGAGAAAAAUAAAUCCGAAAAGAUGACGAACGCAUCGAAACCUGUUCCUAUGAAACUUUUUGCCGCCUGGGAAGUGGACAGGACGCCAUCCAACUGUAUUCCAAGGCUAUGCACGUUACGUGUGACGCGGCUGCGAGUGUGCGGCGCGCUAGGCGAGGCGGGCGGGGGCGCGGCAAGCGGCGCAGGCGCUGGCGCGGUGACGCUUGCGGCACGCAUGCACAGCAGCAAGCGUACGCUGCGCUCCAACGACAUCGCUGUACCGCCGCUCGACGUCGAGCUUGACCUCUGCUUCUCCCUGCAAUACCCGCACUUCGUCAAGCGCGAUGGCAACAGACUGCAAAUAAUGCUGCAGAGACGCAAAAAAUACAAAAACCGCACAAUACUAGGCUACAAGACUUUAGCUGAAGGCGUCAUUAGGAUGGAUCAGGUGCUACAGAGGUCAAUGGACAUGGAGUUGGAACUGACGGGCGUGGGCGGUAAGGUGGGCGCUGCGGCGGGGCAGCCGGUGGCUCGGCUCACCAUCACUGGUCUUGCCUCAACUCCUGUCGACCAUGACACUAAGAACAACAACACGCUGCUUAUCACCGAGAGGGGUUAUUCUGAUGAAGAGGAGGAGGGAGAAUUCAGUUCGGUCGAGGAGGCGGACGAGAUGACGUACGGCGCACCCGCCAGGCGGCGCCCGCAUCGACAGAUUGAAUUCAACAAGGCUGAUAUGUCAUAUACCAAGCUCUCACGGUCACGUGACCUGAGAUACGCGGAGCGCGAGCGAAAGAGACACAGCUAUGCGCACUCCAAGUUGCACGACAGAGACAGCGACAGCGAGCUGGAGAGCGCGUCCGCUAAGCGCAAGGGCAGCCGCGGGAAGCUCACGCAACGCAACCUAAAGCAGAAGUUUGCGGCGCUGCUGCGUAGGUUCCGCGUGCCCGAGGAGCUGGGUGAGCGCGGCGCGGCUCGGGACACACAUCAUGCACAGAGGGACAUCGACGAACUAUUCCAGGAGUUGGAAUCUCUAUCGUGUGGUGAGGGUGAGGACUCCGGUCCUGAUCAGAUGGACACGAUCAGCAUCGGGUCCACCCCAAAGCCCUCGCUGCGGCCUUUCUUCAGCAGCUCCCGGUCUUUGGCCAAUCAGGACCACCACAGGCAUUCUAACGUGACGCGGCACGCCAGUCUCGCGUCGGCCGCCGAGCUGACCACACCUCGCGAGAAACUGCCGGCCACGAUGCCGCUCACAGAGUCCGAGGCGAUGCGUAGCUCUGCUGGUGACGAACGCGGUAGUGAAGGCAACAGUGAUGCUGAUGCUGCGCUGGACCCGCCCGUCUCCGGCGCAUCUGUAUCCAGCUCCCCGCCAAAUGACACCAAGGAGGAGAAGCGUUCUCGUCUGUUCCGUAGUGCGACGAGUGGUGGCAACUUGACCCCGGCAGCUGCCGCCCGCAAGAAGAACUCGCUCUCCGCCGCCGAAAGACCGCUUUCUGCUCACGACCUGCCCGCACAGAGCCCUACUGCUACAGAGCCACGUCGCACGCUGGUGGAGCAGCUGGCGCGUGUGCUGGGUGAGGAGGGCCCGGUGCCCGAGUGUGUGGCUGUGUGCGGGCCCGCCGCCGCACUCGCGCUGCAGGCGCUGGCCGUGCCCGCCCUCGUGCUCGCCCCGCCACAACUGCCCGACGCCCGACCUCUGCUACAAGCUAUAUACGCCAGGGCGGUCAAACAGAGUUCUCGUCGUGCGUGCGUGCGCGUAUGCGUGUGCGGGGGCGAGGCGGCUGCGGCUGCGGCACUGCGCGCGCACGCAGACCUCGCCGCACGCAGACCGCACGACGCACCCAACAUGCGCUUCUACAUCGUGCCUAUAGGUCCGUGUACGGUGUCUCGUUACCUGGCAGCGUCAGAUAGUACGUACGCGGCAUUGUUCGCUUCGGACUCGUGGCCCGGGAUCUGCGACCGCGCAGCUGACCAUUCUAUGCCUGAUAUCGCCGAGAUGUCCUCCAGAAUCGCCAGGUACUUGAACAGUGGAGGUGCGGUCAACAAUGUGCCCAUAGGUGAGGCCAUGGUGGCAUGCCGAGACCGCGCCGCUGAGGACGACUCCAGUCAGACCUUCGUACCCUUCAUCGCGGAGGUGCGCGUUGGAUGUGGUGAAGGCGGACCGUCGUCACUGGAGCUGGAGGAGGGCGGAUCCCCUCCGGCCCGCCCCUCGCCGCCCGCCACACCCGCGCCGGACGUCGCACCCGCCCAGCCCCCCCUCCUGCCCCACCUGCCACAUCUGCCCCAUCUGUCCCACACGCCCAACCUGCCCCCACAGGAGCUGCAACUGGACUACUGGCUGGUGCCGGGUCGCGCGGCGGAGGGUGCGGACGGUAAGGUGACGGUGAAGGCGACGUUCCGAGCGCUCGUCGUGACGCGACACAACGCACAUCUCAGCAUCACAUAUCUCACCAAGGAGAAGAAACAGAAGAUAAUGCGACUUGGCAAAAAGAAAGAGAAAUCAGAACCGGAGGUGGGACGAGCUCAGACUGUUGAAGGCGUGGCCAGACUCAUCUGCUCCGCCAAGGGUUCGCACAACGCACCGCUAAAAGUAUUUAUUGAUGGUACGGAGUGGAACGGUGUCAAGUUCUUCCAAUUGUCGACACAGUGGCAGACACAUGUGAAGACGUUCCCCGUAGCGACGUGCGGCGCGCCCCUCGCCCCGCCAGAGACUUAGGCCACGCCCACAACAACUUAGGCCACGCCUCUCGCCCCGCCCACAGCGAUGUGCGGCGCGUCAUUGGUAUAAUACCCGCUUUAAUAGCCGCGUAAUGCUGCACUGCGGAUAUAUCCGACAUUCCCAAUAACGGAUACAAAUAUCCGUAAGAAUACACGGCAUAGUUACGGAUACGUAUCCAUAACUAUUGUACUACAUUUCGCUGUACGCUCUUAAUAUUAAUCCAUGUCUAAUAUCUUAUAUAGAAUUAAGGAUUCAUAUCCAAUGUUUAUAUUUUAACGCUACUGGUAGCGUGUAGUGAGUGGCCCGUUUUUUAUGUGUUAGCGAAUCCGAUCCUUACUCCUUACGCAGUAAGGUCGUAAUUCCUUAGUCAUGCAUGCUAUAUAUUUAACUUAUAAACAUAAGAGUUAUUCAAGCUGUAUAACAAAGGCUCAAUAAUCGCGUUAACUAUUUCAUUGUAGUCAUUACUUAGUGGUUAGAGUUUGUUCGUGUUAAGACAAAUAUGUACUCAAUGUAUCAGUUGUAACGGUUCGUGACAUUUCCAAUAUAUGUAUAAGUUAGGUUUUAGGGAUGGUCCUAUGUUCAUUUUUAAAGAUAAAGUAU